AUGAUCCAUAGGAACGACAAUGAUUAUGGUGAAGUUGUUCGUCCUGAGAGCUCAGACAAGAAUGAUGCGGAAAUUCCAGCAGGAGCCACAGAGCCAGUCCUGACAGAUGCUUGCCUUGUUUCCGGUCCGUUGAUCCUGGCCAAAAAGUACUUGGUAGGGCGGCAUGAUGGGGGUAACAACAUCCUAUUAGAUCACGUCACUGUUUCCCGUCGACAUGCAUGGAUCUUCCAUCAGAAAGAGCAAAUCUUCCUGUACGACAUGUCUUCGAACGGGACAUUCGUCAAUGGGAAAGAGAUCGCAAAGAAAGCAAACGUUGUCCUCCAAGACGGAGACCUCAUUCGCUUCGGGGACUUCCCGCAAACAUUCCGAUUGAGCCUCAGUGGUCACAGUGUCGAGGAAGCAGGCAUGGAGUCACCGGAAGUUAGGAAGCAGAAGAUUGCUGAAGGCCCAACUCCCCUCCGAAGGGAACGGAAGCAGAAAGGUUCGGAGACUGCUCAAGGUCCCAAGGGAAGGAAGUCUCCGCGAGCCAACGACACCUGGAAGAUCUUUGGGUUGCGUCUGCAGCGAUCGGAGAAGGGAUUGGAGAUCCGUACCAUCGACCCUCAGAGUAUUGCCGAACUCCAUCCGUUCCCCUUCUCGUGGGGGGAUGUUGUGGUCCAGCUUGAAAGUCUAGACGUGCGAACGGCUGACCGGGCCCAGAUCGACGAGAUGAUCGAGGAAGGAAAGAGCAAAGGCCACGUCACCAUCUGCGUCAUGAAGGGAGGGAAAACCACUACCAUCUUCCUUGGACAGCAAGAACGUUCGAGACUAGCUCCGAAAGUCUCCGCCGAUCUUCCUUCGUUCUCCUCCCUAGAUACUCCAGAGUCUUGCACGCCCAGCAGAGAUGAUUCAGAGGCGAGCAAUCAGGAGGCGCAAACUUCUGCACAUGUUGAGAGGCCAAAGUCAGAAGGAAAACGAGGGAAGAAGGCAGCUGAAGGGUCCAAGGGUAGAGAGCGCACAGAAAGCCCAGCAAACGCCUUGAAACCUCCCGAGCAGCAAGCAGGGCCCAGCGACUCCGAGGAGACCGACCAUGAGCACAUGCUGCAGCUGGGACCCUCCUCCCUCCGGCGGGUGUUGAUCGAGACCCUUCAGGGCUCAAGGACGGCAGAGAUGGACUUGUGCAGCAGGUUGAGGCGCAUUCUCAAGGCUGACCGCAAGGAUUGGCCUGAGGAGGGUGGGGGGCCGAAGGCAGCGAGAGGGAAGGGGGCAGACUCCUCCUCUGCUCUCAAGGAAGAAAUCUCCAUGGCCAGCGUCGUUCACUUCCUCGUCGAGCACACGAAGCCUCAAAUCUUUGCUGCCCUCGGCCCUGCCGUGCAGGAGCUAUGGCUGUCUGCGCUGCGAGCCCUUCCAUCAGCUGAUGCCGUCCGUCCAACAGCAGCCAAGGAGGGAUAUCUCUGGAAGAAAGGCAAGAGCUUCCGCAUGUGGCAGCGACGUUAUUACAUCGUCAGAUACAGUUCCAUCUUCUACUACAAGACGGAAAAGAAAUACACGCUGGUCGACGAGCCUCGCGGCAUCAUUGACCUCUCGAGCGUGUCAGUUGUCAAAGUCCUCUCCGACUCCGACCCGCCUUACUACACUAAAAAUUGCCUGGGGCUUUGGGCGCAGGGAAACAAAAGUUUCUUCUUCCAGUGUGAGACCGGCAAGGACCUGCAAGAGUGGGUCAAGGUGAUCCAGGUGUGCAUCGAUGGGAUCGAAGAGAUUCGGCGAGCGAUCAUGUUGGGAUCUCUUGUGCUGGCUCCUAAGAAAUCGCCGAUGGGAGAAGAUCCUGAGGAAGAUUGGGAUGAUUGCAAGGACGUUCUGGGCAGAGACGAGGAGGAGGAGGAGGACGGAGACGACGACGACGAUGAGGAAGAGGAGGAGGAAACGGAUUCAGAUUCAGCAGAGGGAGAGGGAGAGGACAGAUUAGGAGCGAACGACUCAGUACUUUUUCCCAAGUACGAGGACUUGGUGUUUGGUGAGAUCGAAGAGAGAAACCCGGAAAUCACUCCACAAGCUGCAGCCCUCCUGAUCCGGGCUGAACCGACGGAGAAAAAUCUGAUGCUGGUGAGAGCAGCGAUGGAGAGGAGGGAGACGGGCUGGUUGAGAGCCUUCGAUGAAGCAGGAGGGUGGAAUGCCCUUGAGCGCUUGCUGGAAAGAGGGAUGGAGGAGGAAGAGGAGCAAGAUGGCAGCGACCGUGUGCUCGAGCAUGCGCUGCGGUGCUUCCAAGUCCUCAUGCAACUCAAGAGAGACAAGAAAGGAGGAAGCGAGACUGUCCGAGGAGAGCAGGUGGUCAAGGGGAUGGUACGAUGUGUGGAGAGGAGACUUCCCAACGUUCGCUCGGCUGCACUCUCUGCUAUCGCUGCUACGAUCCUGCAGGAGGACAAGACGUCUUCGUCUCAGGUGCUCCAGCAGCUGGAGGAGGAGGCGCGUCAAAAGCGCAGGAGAGGAUAUGCGAGCGAGCUCGUGAGGAGACUGAGGGAGGAGGAGGCGUGGGAGCUCAAAGUGAAGCACCUGGCUGUCAUCCAUCACCUCGCCUCCUCCCCUCCUGCCCUGGCGAGUCGAUACCGAAUUCGCUGUGAGCUUGAACGUGCUGGUAUGGUUCAAGUCUGCGCAGCGUUGCGAGCCGCGGCAGACAUGGAGAAAGAAGCAAUAAGUUGUGAUACGGAGAUGUUGCUCCGAGGACUCGAUGAGUAUGAAGAAGCUGACAAGAUGGACAGAGAUGCCUGCAAGAGGGUCAAAGAUGUGGAGUCCCUUGCUGCCCUCUUGCAUGCACGUGUAGGAGGAGGGGGAGGAGAAGGAGCAGGAGCAGGAGCAGCUUCGAACCUUCAGAAGUUUCUGCUGCAUCUCAUGGCGAUGCCGGAGGAUCUGCUGGAGAAACACCUUGCUGUGGUCGAGGAGGAAGCGAGGAUCAAAUUGCCUUCCUUGCUCGAGGAGGCUGGGAGGGGACUGGAGUUUCUUACGCAGAAAGCUGAGAAGGAAGGGGCUGAACGAUCGGAUGAGGGACGACCUCCUGGAGGGGGAAAGGCAACUAGCAAAGGAGAAGCAAAAACUGUGAAGUUGAAGGUGCUGCACUGGAAGAAGCUGCCAGCGGGGAAGAUCAGAAAGACGAUCUGGGAAGAGCUUGGGCCUCCUCCUCCGGACAUCCUUGACAUGAAUGAUCUACAAGAUUUGUUCGCAGACAUUCCAAAAAGAAGAAGGAGAGUACGCCGUCAAAGAUUUCCCUACUGGACCUCAGGAGAGCGCAAACUGUCGGUCAAACUCCUCAAGAACUACCAAGGAGACCUCGAACUUUUGGCUCCUCCUGACCUCCAUUUCUUCAACCUGAUGCAGAUUCCUCUGCUGGAGAGAAGGCUGGAGGCGUUUGCUUUCAUCUUGUCGUUCGAUUCACGCGUCAAGACGCUGAAAGUUUCGAUUGACAACGUGAAGGAGGGUUGCAUUGAAGUCAGGAGGAGCGACGACCUGAAGUUCAUCUUCUCCUCCAUCUUGGUGCUCGGAAAUACUUUGAAUGAGGGGAGCUUUGCUGGCAAUGCAAGAGGGUUCAAACUCGAGAGCAUCUUGAAGUUGGGAGAGCUCAAGUCAAAUGUGGGGAAACAGCCGCCUGAUUUCUUCUUGUAUCUUGUUGAGAAAUUUCACAAAGAUCGACCAUCUCUGUUUGAGUUGGCAGAGAAAUUUCAACAUGUUUCGCUCGCAUCUCGAGAAUGUUUUGCAGAUUUAGAGAAAGAGUGCAAUCUUCUCUUGGAAGGGAUGAAUAAUUUGCAAGACCUCCUCAAGGU